AUGAAGGGAGAUCCUAAUAAGCGCAAUAGGAAUAAGUAUUGUCGCUUCCAUAGGGAUCAUGGGCAUGAUACAGACGAGUGUUUUGAUUUAAAGCAGCAUAUUGAAAAUCUCCUAAGGCAAGGGAAGUUGAGGAAUUUCCUUGGACGAGACCACAAGGACGACAAAUUGAAAGGGAAGAUAGAAGAAUCAUCGCGACCACCGCUCGGAGAAAUAAGAGUCAUCUUAGGGGGAAGUUCGACAGGUUGGUCAUCCAAGUCCAAGAAAGUAUACUUGAAGGUGGUGCAGAGCGUCCAACUUUAUGGACGAUCACCAAGGGCAAGAUCCAUGAACAAACAAGCAAUCACUUUCACGGAUGAAGACGCUGAGAGAAUUCAUCACCCUCACGAUGAUGCUAUCGUCAUCACCUUGCUUAUUGCUGACUACACAACCAAAAGAGUGCUAGCAGACAACGGAAGCUCGACAUAA